AUGAGCGCGCCCACUGCCUUCGGAAGCGAGCAGCCCUUGCGGCUGCAGCAAUUGCUGAGCAGAUUCAAGUUCCGGCGAGUGUUGGACUCCAACCCGCAGACCAAAGUGAUAUCGCUGCUGGGCAGAAUCGACGGCAAGGAUGCAAUCGUGACGAUGGAGAAAAUGCACUUCAGCUACGAGACCAACGUGUUCAAGAAGGAGGAGGGCAGGAAUACGCCCGUGCUGCACAACUGCGAGGCCGAGUUCUCGUGCCUCAAGUCGAUCGAGGAGAUGCGGGAGAUCGCGUCCAAUGACAUCUACUACUGGGGCACGUCGGUGCUGAAGCAGGACCUGGCGGCCAACCCGACGGCCAAGAUCAACCUGAUCUGGCCCGCGACGCCCGUGCACAUCCGCAAGUUCGAGGCGCAGAGCUUCCACGUCAUCCGCGAGACGCCCGCGAUCUACCGCGCGGUCGUGGAGCCCUACGUGCAGGAGAUGUGCAGCGAGAACCGGCUCAAGUGGGUGCACAACAUCCUGUACAACGGUGCGGAGUCCGAGCGCGUGGUGUACAAGGACUUCGCGGAGCAGGAGGUGCCCGAGGGCUUUUUGGUGCUGCCCGACAUGAAGUGGGACGGCGUCAACCUGGACUCGCUGUACCUGGUCGCCAUCGCGUUCCGCUCCGACAUCCGCUCGCUGCGCGACCUGCGGCCCGAGCACAAGCCGUGGCUCGUCAAGGUGCUCAACAAGAUCCGCACCGUGAUCCCCGGCUGCUACAACUACGCCAUCCGCCCGGACGAGCUGCGCAUCUUCGUCCACUACCAGCCCUCGUACUACCACUUCCACAUCCACAUCGUGAACGUGAAGCACAGCGGCCUGGGAGACGGCAUUUCCGCGGGCAAGGCCAUUCUGCUGGAGGACAUCAUCGAGCAGCUCAACUUCUUGGGAAGUGAGGGCUUCAUGGGCAGGACCAUCACGUACGUGUUGGGCGAGAACCACGACCUCUGGAAGAGGGGUAUGGAGGCCGCAGUCCUGGACCAGCUCGAAAAGGACGGCAUCCCUAAAUUGCCCAAGGCCGUCAACGACUUUAGCGUCGAGAACUUGCCUGGCCUCAGGUAG